CCGAAUGCUCCAACCUCCACUUUCACUCACUUCUACUGGGAACAAGAACAACCAGAAUCAGAAGGCUGAACGCUGCCUGCUGAAAAAGGAGAAAAACACUGAUCUUACAGAGAAAGGCGCCGCAAUCAGAGAAUAGCAAGAGCCUGAAAAGGACUCAUUUAAAGGAUAAUCCAGGAUUAUAGGUGUAUUUCUCUGAGAGCAAUGUGUUUGGUGGAAGAAGGUUGCUGAAGACAAUCUCUACCCUGACAGCUGAAGAACUGUGUAGUUGUGCAGUGCGUGUGUGUGAGAGUCUCUGUAUAAUCAUGUUAAAGAACAGCCUCAAUCACCUGUUGAGGGCAUUCGGGACUCUCUGGCUCUUGGGGGCCGUCCUGGUGUCCGGUCGUAAACUAUGGGAGGUGCCAACAGCCCCCUUGACGCCGCCUGCCAACAGCACCACCAAGCUCAUUUGGGCGCCGCACUGCGACACUCAGCUCCGCCACCUACAGGACGGAGGUCGAAUCGCAGCUCUCAUCCCGCCAAGGCUGGAGGGAACGUGGCUUUCCACCAGAUGUGAGGUUAGGCCUGGCCCGGAAUUCCUGACCCGCUCCUACACGUUCUACCCCAACCGGCUGUUCAAGGCCCUCCAGUUCUACUACGCGGACAGCGGGUGUCAAAAGCCGGACUACUCGCUGGUGGUCCGGGGCAAGCUGCGGCUGCGCCAGGCGUCGUGGAUCACGCGCGGGGGCACUGAAGCAGAGCAUCACCUACAAAAAGUGGGCAUCGUUUUCCACGGUCCCUCGGCCGCACGGCGGCUCGCCGCCCGCUUGCCGCCCGCCUGUCGCUGCGGGCCCGCGGCCUGCUGGGUGCCCGGUCGCCUGUACGAGCUGCACGGUGCCAAAGCGGGCCCGGACUGCCUCGGGGAGCUGGGCUUCUCCAUGAUGGAACUGGACCUGCUGCGUGUGGAGACCCAACACCACCCGCACGGGCAGCUUGUCCAGGAGCUCUUUCUGGGUGAUAUCCACACUGAGUGGACACAACGCACCCACUAUCGACCCAGCGGAUAUCAGCAACCCCUGCAGAAUGCCAUGCACCAUAUCCACCCGUGCCUGGUGUGUGCCUUAGUUUACCGUGCCACAGAACAGAGCCCCCCGGUGCUGCCAGCUACCCCCACCCCACCACUGUCCUUGGAUGGGCGCUGGGUGAGCCAGCAGUGCGAGGUACGGCCCGCCGUACUCUUCCUCACACGUGACUUCACCUUCCACGAGGACCAGCACACAUGGGAGGGAGUGUACCAGCACUACUCAGAUCCCGCGUGCCACCAGCCCACCUUCCGGGUGCACGCCUCGGGCCGCUACACCCGUGGAGCUUCCUCUCCCAAGGUGCCCGGUGGAACCGACUUUGUCUUCAAGGUCACGCAGGCCAAGGUUACUGUGCAGGAGAAGGUGACAGCCAGAGUUCUGAACUCCUCUGAGGAGGGGACCUGUGGGCUGGGCAGAGCCUGGGAGGAGGGUGUGGAGCAGGACAUCACUCCCACGCAUGGGUGUGCCGCGCUGGGAAUCAAGCUCCCGCACAAGGAGUACGAGCUGUUCAGGAUGGAGCUGGAUCACAGAAAGCGACCCCUGCUCUUCAUUGGAGAGAGGCCAACUGAUGGGUCUAGUCCAGACCGUCCCCAGAAGAGGCCCACCUCUUAUCAGGCUCCAUUGGUUCAUUGCAGUGGUAGAGGCAGUCGCUCUCACCACCACGACCAGCACAGCACCUUUGCCUUCCAGUCAUCUGUCAGUGGAGCUCCACAGUAUCCUGCUCUCUGGGUCUUGGUUACAUUGCUUGGAGGUUGUUAUGUCACGGCAACGUAAUGCUGUUGGGGCGUCGGUCAUGCCACUGA